UGUAGUUAUUGACAAGAAGCCCAAGAAAUUCCUAUCAAAGAGCUCAAAACACCCAAACGAUAUGAAGUUAGCUGUUGCCGUUUUCAGCGCCCUGAUACUCCAUCUUGUUCAUGGAGAUAUCUAUAUGCACAAUCCAAGAGGAUCGAACAAUCGUCUAAACGAAGCAACUACUCCAAGAGCUAAUGCUAACAGGAUGUUUGAUUCACAGAACAACAAUAAUGGCGGUUACAAUGUGGGCGAUAAGCUUUAUACCGCUUCUGGUGCCAAUCAGAAUAACCAAUAUAAUAUGGGUUAUUUCCAAAGCGGUAAAGAUUACAAAACGUUGGAUGGCCAGACGGGGAAGUCCUUUCUUACAAUCGAGUGGACAAAUCAACAUGGAUGUGCAGACAAGGACCUCAACUGUAAUUUUGUGAUUCAGUACCGAUGCCAAGAAGAUAGAAAACAUUAUACAUACAAUCAACACACAAUUCGAAAUGGUGGUAUUACCGCUACUUCAGUGUAUACGCUAAAAACCUACACAACUCGUAAUGCGAAAAAUGCACAAUCUAGAAGUGAUGCAAAAGGCUACCAGUACGGUGUACACGAGCCGUGGGAGUGGUAUGAUAAGUGCAGGAAAAGGAAACGAAAUUAUGGUUUAUUCACAGCCGACCAAAACCUGAAGGGAAAACAAUUCAGCAUAUACACUCGUCAAAAUCCCGGUGGAACGCGGCGGGGUUAUGAAUGCCCAGAAGAACGAGAUUACUAUCCUUAUUGGCAUCCUACAGACUGGAUUGAUAUUGCAGUACUAACUGACGACAAAUCGUUUUGCAGUUAUUACAAAAACGAAAGCUUCAAUGUGAAACCAAAAGGUGAAUGUUUGGAGUACUACAGCAAUGGUAAAGAUUUAAAACACCAGUCAGAAUACAACAACAAAAUUGAAUGUGAGCAAAAGAAAGGCGUCUGGGUAGAAUUCAGCAACUAUUUGGAAUAUUAUCCACAAGCUCAAACAGAGGAAGAAUGUUUGCAAGCCAGCACAAGAGCUAGACGUCUCAUUUGGGCUAUACCAUAUCGCUCGGAAAACGUUGAUCAACUGAAAAUGGAAGGUAGAAAUACACAGUCGUUGAAACGUUGCUUGGUCGCUUUGGAUCCUCCUGAAUGCCUGAAAACGUCGCAUUCCAGAUCAAACCAUUUGGGGAAUGUUGCUGGAGUGAUUGCCCAACGAUACACCUGGACUCUGCCACAUUUCCCGUCUGCGCAAGUGCAAAGAUGUGCUCUACGUAUCAGGUAUAAUAUUUCAUCAGGAGAUUACCCACCAUUUGACACGUUCAGCUCUCAGAAUGAUGACGUAAACAAUGGUGUCCACUCCCCAGUAAAAAACAAUCCCAAAGUGAAAGUGGGGCGUGUGCAGUUCCCCUUACAACUUGCGAUUAACACAGCACAGUUUGGUCGUGUAUUCCAAGACCGUUCACACGUAUUCAAACUUCGCCCGAGACCAAGGACAGUCUCGAAUGAGGACGUUAUUUACAACUUAAACGUGCGUGGAAAACGUGGCAAUAUCGUCCAGGUCUAUCCCGCGGUUGAGUAUGACUUUAUUCCAAAGCGCUUCAGUAUAAAGUUUGGAAACUUGGUUCAUAUACAAUGGACAGGUUCAAAUACAAAUCCUGCAGGAAACGACGGACAAGGAACUGCAAAGACUGAUCGAAAUAACAUGGUUGAAAUGAAAGGCCCAUCUCUGAACUAUCCUCUGCAAUCAGGAGAACUUCUGUCCCUUUUCAAAAAUGCCGACAUCAUUUGGUCCCACGACAUUAAAACUAGAACAAAAGAAGAUCUAGUACUUAGUUUGGCGUCGUCUGGCUACUACAACAGCGUAACACUUUGCCAAGCCUCGCCAAAAACUAAAACACAACUUGAUGCUCUUUUGAACAUCGCUCCAGCUUCGUAUCCUGGUGUUCUGUUAAGGUUCGCACCCGGGACUUACUACUACAUGUGCACAAGAAAUAACAACUUUACCAACCGCAAUCAGAAGGGACGAAUUCGUGUUUAUGCAAAUGGAAAUGAAACUUCGUAUGGACGUGUCACUCGACCAGGAAUUUUCAACAAAACAUUUGUGUAGACCUCUUACCGCUUCAAACUGCUUAAUAUGCAUACGUCAGAUUUAGAAGACAUUUAGUUAUCAUUGAUUCUAUAUUUUUGUCGUAUUUACUAUUAUAAUUAUAGACCUGCAGCAAUAAUCUGAAUAUCAAUAAAUCAACUUAAAAUGUCAUUCAAAACAAUAGUUCAAAGUAUGGGACAGGGGAGACGAAUUUUAUCUACAAUUUACCAUACUAAACGUUUAAUUUAUAUAUUAAGCUAUUAUCAUUUUUCUUUUAAAAGACAUUUUAGACAAAAGAAACUGCCAUAUUCGCGUGUUCCCGUUUCAAGGAACUUCUCGAUUUUAUACAUCGAAUACUUUUCAAAAAGUAAAGAAGAUGGUUCUAUUCGGGUGGGAAACAUCAAAAGGCUAGUUUUGUAUUGAAUAAAGAAAAUGUCAAAACAUGUACAAGGGAAACAAGAAUAAUUUCAACCCACUAUACGUAUAUC